UCCUCUUCAAAGAUCUCACCAGCAAAAUCCGAUCUUUCCGAAUCUCUCUACUCCAACCCCACCUCUUUAUAUUUAUGUCACCUAACCUAACUUUUCUUUCUACUUCUUCUUACUCCAUCACAUCACAUUGAUUUCUGAGAUUUUUCUUUCCCUUUAAUCCAAAGCUUCCUCUUCGUUUUAUUACAACCAGUCUUCAUCUCUUUUCUGAGUUAACAAUGGCAGUUGGUGACGUCAUGAGGAUGGAGAUCCCAUCCGGUGGAGAUAUGUCAGUUACUUCACCAGAGUUACAUGUUCUUGCCGUCGAUGAUAGUAUUGUGGAUCGUAAAGUCAUUGAGAGAUUGCUGAGAAUCUCAGCCUGUAAAGUGACUACUGUAGAGAGUGGGGCUAGGGCUUUGCAGUACCUUGGCUUAGAUGGAGACAAAGGAGCUUCUGGUCUUAAGGAUUUGAAGGUGAAUUUGAUAGUGACGGAUUACUCAAUGCCAGGACUAACAGGAUAUGAUCUUCUCAAGAAGAUUAAGGAAUCUUCCGUCUUCAGAGAAAUACCAGUUGUGAUUAUGUCAUCCGAGAACAUCUUACCUCGUAUAGAACAAUGUCUGAGAGAAGGAGCAGAGGAUUUUCUGUUAAAACCGGUGAAACUAGCUGAUGUAAAGCGAAUAAAAGAACUUAUAAUGAGAAAUGAAGCAGAGGAUUGCAAAACCUUAAGCCAUUCUAACAAGAGAAAACUUGCAGAAUACAUUGAUGAUGCAUCAUCACCAUCACCAUCAUCAUCAACUCAUGAUGAUUCUUCUGCCAAGGACUUUCCAUCUUCAAAACAGAUGAAAUCAGCAGAUGAAAAGUUUUCUUCACUCCUUUGAAAUAUAUAUAGAGCCAAGACCUUAGCUAAUGUCUGUUAAUAUUCCUCAUCUCUGUUUUUGUUUUUGUUCUUUAGAUUUUGUUUUUGGGUUAAUACAAAGACAGUGUUGCUUAACAUAAAAGGGGGGCAGUUCUUAAAAAAUAUUGUUUGGUUCCAUAAUAACAACCAUUUAAAAAUGUUUCACUAA